GUUGUAUAGAUGAACUUGAAGCCGAAAGGGGAAAAGGUGUGCGAGUGUAGACUGUGCGGCGGCGGCGUUGAGGAUCGAGCGAGGGUAAGCGGGUCGGCAUUGGUAAGCGCGAUUAGCCGAAAACGCGCAGUCGCGCGUUGAUCCUGUCGGGUGGGAGGUGAUCAGCUGUGAGCACGCGAGGAACGAAAUGUUCGUCCUGCAAAGGUCUAUAUUAUCGACCAGUAGCAGAAAUUGUGCAGGAUCAUGGACCCGAGUUCUUCCAUCCUCGCAUCCUGCUGUCAAGGAUGUUCCACAAAGGGACAUCCACGAAGUAUCGGGAGAUGUCGUCCCGAUAAAUAUGGUGAAAGGCAUUGGUCAUCUACGGGAUCCACGACUUAAUAAGGGUUUGGCAUUUACUCUGCAAGAGAGGAUAUCCUUGGGUAUACACGGUCUGCAGCCUCCUAGAUUCAAAACUCAGGAAGAACAGCUGGCUCUGUGCAAGGCUUCGGUUAUGAAAUAUACCGAGGAUUUAAAUCGUUAUCUUUACCUUGUGGAACUUCAGGAGAGAAACGAGAGAUUAUUUUUCCGUCUGCUAAGUGAGAACAUUGAGCAAAUGAUGCCGAUUGUUUAUACGCCUACCGUGGGAUUAGCCUGUCAGAAGUUCGGCGUCAUUUAUCGCAGACCCCGUGGAUUAUUUAUUACAAUAUACGAUAAGGGCCACAUUUACGAGAUACUGAACAAUUGGCCUGAACAAGCGGUUCGUGCUAUUUGCGUAACGGAUGGAGAAAGGAUCCUUGGACUCGGUGAUCUGGGUGCUUGCGGUAUGGGAAUUCCCGUAGGAAAAUUGGCUCUCUACACAGCUCUAGCUGGAAUCAAGCCGCAUCAGUGUCUGCCAAUUACCAUCGACGUCGGCACUAACAACGAGCAACUCCGAAACGAUCCCCAUUACAUCGGUCUGAACAAACCGAGAAGUCAGGGCGGGGAGUACGACGAAUUGAUCGAUGAGUUUAUGGCUGCAUGCGUGAAGAAAUACGGUCAGAACGUUCUGAUCCAAUUCGAAGAUUUUGGCAACCACAACGCCUUCCGCUUCCUAGACAAGUACCGCGACAAAUAUUGCACGUUUAACGACGACAUACAAGGCACUGCCGCGGUUGCAGUCGCCGGGAUUUUAGCCUCGAAGAGAAUCACGAAGAAAAACAUGUCCGACAAUAGGUUCGUCUUUCUAGGCGCCGGCGAGGCUGCUAUCGGAAUAGCCGAUCUCUGCGUGAAAGCGAUGGAAGCAGACGGAUGCACGGAACAGCAGGCUCGCGAUAACAUUUGGAUGAUGGACAUUGAUGGCUUGCUCGUUAAAGACCGACCGGAAGGGAACCUUGAAGGUCACAAGGUCUGGUACGCGAAGAAUCACAAGGUGAUGAAGACGCUGAUCGACGUCGUGAAAGAGGUGAAACCGACCGUACUCAUAGGCGCGUCUGCAGCGGCGGGAGCGUUCACUCCUGAGGUGCUGAAGGAGAUGGCCAAGAACAAUGAGAGACCGUUGAUCUUUGCGCUGAGCAAUCCGACCAGCAAAGCAGAGUGCACUGCCCAACAAGCAUAUGAACACACGGAUGGAAGAUGCAUAUUUUCCUCGGGCUCUCCAUUCGGAGAGGUGAAGUACAAAGGGAAAAUUUACAAACCCGGACAAGGAAACAAUGCGUACAUAUUCCCUGGAAUCGCAUUGGGCGUUAUUGGAACCGGAGUGCAUCACAUCACUGAAGAUUUGUUCCUCAUUUCAGCUCAAGCGGUGGCUGAUCACGUGAAGGACGAAGAUCUUGCGAUGGGUAGUCUGUACCCACCGUUGGGCACUAUUCGCGAAUGUUCGAUAGACAUUGCCGUUAGAAUUGCCGACUAUGCUUACGCGAAAACUGGAUUGGCGAGCGAGUAUCCGGAACCUAAAGACAAACGACAGUUCAUUGUGAGUAAAAUGUAUGAUGCCAAUUAUGACAGUCCACUGCCAAACCUAUACGACUGGCCGGGUGACUAUGCUAAACCCCGUGUCUUACCAGAGCAAGAGACUGUAGAAAUCCGCCACGAUUUAAAACAUCUGUAGCGGGUUUCGCCGAGCGGGAUAUUCGGAGGCUAUCAUUAUUACCAUUAAUCUCUAAAAAAAAAAGAAACAUACAAAAAAAAAUUAUCGCUGUGUCCUGAAUUGAAAAUGUAAAACAGGUCGUGGCAGAUACAGGCAACAGUGCAGUUUAAAACAGUUUUAGCUAUUAUGACGUGUUGGCGAGUUUAAUGACAAGAUGACUACUAUAACGUGUGCACACACGUUUUAAGAUAUGUAUUGCGGAAUUUCGAUAAGUAUGUCUUGUAACGUGGACACGCCGGUAACUCUUCAGUAGAUUAUUAGAACGUCCUGGCGAACGUGUCGAGGAAAUUGACGUCGCCGACGGAGGCUCGUCGCCUGUCGAUAUACUUAUUUAUUGUUAAUUUAAUGUCGUGACUACACGUUGGAAUGGCGUACAGGUUUACCAAUGCUUGGAGACUAUUCAUUGAUUUCGACGCGGAUUUCGCUUCGCCUAGAACCACUUAUUUAUUUACACACCGUAUUAUAUCGCGUGCCAUGCUCCGCGAUUAAUCCUUGAAGCGAAGGAUACCGCGACGACCGGGUCCUUUCUUUUGAGAUUUCUUCGUAAAUCGAUGAAUAGUUGCUUUACAAGUGGUGUUCACGGAUUGCCCCAAGGGAAUCCCCUAAAAAAUCUUUCCCGCCUGGAGUCUCGUUUUCGAGACAAAUCAAGUUUGAAGUUCGUCGCGCGUGCAAAUUAAUGAAAGUUUCCAAAUCGGAUGUUUUCCAUCGAAAUCCAAUUUGCUGUCAAAUUAAAUCCGGAAUACAGGAAGCGCAUCGAACUCGAUCAAUAAAUUUGGUUCGCUCGUCUCGUUUAUUUACUACACACAAAGGUUCGCACAUGAACAAUCUAUCCGUGAACAGCACCGACUUGGUGAUUGUGCCUCAGCGACGUAUAAAAAGUAAUUUAUUGUAUUCUGUACUGUGCUAUUGUAUCGUCAAGUAACGUUUAGUAUAGUGUACGUAUCAAGUAAUCGUGCCGAGCAGAAUCGAUGGUUCAGAUUGACUCUUCUGUUCCACUGGAUGUAUUUACAUAAGGUUGCGGAAAUAGUUUCACUGUCUCUUCGACUUGAUUAACAAACGUGUUUUCUUAAAGAUUCGAAUCAGGACAGCCAGAGCAACGUUUUGGAAGUUGUAUUUUUUCUACUAUAUAAUUCUAAUUGCCGGACUUACUUUCUAAGCAUGUAAACGUACGGAAAGCGGAGGUUUUUUUAGCCGGAAGGUUCCUAUGUGUUGUGCGAGAUAGAAACUUCGAUCAGCAACAUCGAUUAGAUUGUAAUUACUGCCACGUCACGGAAUAUAUGGAAUUUACGGAGGGUGUACGAGCGAGAGUAAGAAAUAUAUGGAAAACGAAAUUAUUUACACACGGGUCUCGUUUCUCAGAAUUUGUUACUGGACGUAUUAAUUAUACUCUUAAGGCUAUGAAUAAAUGUUAAGUCAUGAUCGUUA